UUCCAAGUUUGCAAACAGUCCCUGGAGGAAAUGUGGGCGACAGGGUCCCUGGGGGACCUGCUCCUCAACGCCAAGGUUGAAGAGGCCAAGGAAGGUGCCGAGCCUCCUGCCAGUGACUCCUGCCCCCGGGGGAAGCCACCUCAGGGAGAGGCUUUCAGGGAAUGGCUCUCCAUGGAGGGCCUACUCCCGGAGCAAGGGGUGCGAGCUCUGCCUUCUCAGGACUUGGUCCUGGCCACAGCAGGCACUCCACAGGAGGUGGGAGAGGCCCCAGGCCUGCUGACAGGCACACCCCAGGAGCCCGUGACCUUCAGGGAUGUGGCCGUGGACUUCACCCCUGAGGAGUGGGGGCGACUGGGUCUCGCUCAGAGGGAAUUGUACCGGGACGUGAUGCUGGAGACCUACCGGAACCUGGUGUCCCUGGACUGGGAGUCAAAGCUAGAGACCAGAAUGUCAACUGCAAAGCAAGACUUUGCUAAGGAAGAGGCAUAUCAGUGGAUGAUGAUGGAUGGACCUUGGAAUAAGGUGGGAAAAACCUGGGAAGAAUGUGAAGGCAUGCUGGAGAAUGAGCGAAACAAAGAGACACUUUCUGAGGAAAUGAAUGUUCCCUAUGAGAAAAUUUUUAUUGAGGGGAGAGACCAAGAAAUUAAAGAUUUGGGAGGAAACCUCAGUUUCAGAUCAUCUCUCAGUAUACAGCAAAACAUUCUUAGUGAAAAGAUUUCUCAAAUAUGGUACAAACAUGGAAAGAGACACAAACAAAAUUCAGACCUAAUUAAUCACCCAAAAAUUUAUUCAGGGAAGAAGUGUCAUAAAUGUAAUGAUUGUGGAAAAACCUUCGCCCGGAUUUCACACUUUACUGAGCAUCACAGAACUCAUACUGGAGAGAAACCCUAUAAAUGUAAUGACUGUGGGAAAGCCUUUGCCCGUAUUUCUUGCCUUAACAGACAUCAGAGAAUUCAUACUGGAGAGAAACCCUAUAAAUGUAAUGAUUGUGGAAAAGCCUUUUUCUAUAUAUCACAACUUACUGGGCAUCAGCGAAUUCAUACUGGAGAGAAACCCUACAAAUGUAAUGAAUGUGGGAAAAUGUUUGGCCAUAGCAAAUCCCUUACAGUACACCAGAGGAUUCAUACUGGAAAGAAACCCUAUAAAUGUAAUGAAUGUGGGAAAGCCUUCAGUCAGGGCUCAACUCUUUCUUUACAUCAGAGAACUCACAGUGAGGAGAAGCCCUAUAAAUGUAAUAAAUGUGGGAAAGUUUUCAGUCAUCGAUCAUACCUUAUUCGGCAUCAUGUAGUUCACACUGGAGAAAAACCCUAUGAAUGUACAGAAUGUUGGAAAUCCUUCCGACUCAGCUCAUCCCUUUCACUUCAUCAAAGAAUUCAUACUAGAGAAAAACCUUAUGAGUGUAGUGAAUGUGGAAAAACUUUCAGUCUGGGCUCUUACCUUUUGUUGCAUCAGAAAACUCAUAUGACAGAGAAGUCCUAUAAAUGUGAUGAAUGUGGAAAAGCUUUCAACAACAGCUCCUCUCUUACUAAGCAUGAGAGGACGCAUACUGGAGAGAAACCCUAUAAGUGUCAUGAAUGUGAAAAGGCUUUCAGCAGGAAGUCCUCCCUUCCUAAACAUCAGAGACUUCACCACAAUGGGGAGUUACCCUUUAAAUGUGAUGAAUGUGGGAAAGGCUUUAUCUGGGUUUCACAACUUACUGAACACCAGAGAGUUCAUACUGGAGAGAAACCCUAUAAAUGCCAUGAAUGUGGGAAGGCCUUCAACAUCAGCACAUCCCUGAUUAAGCAUAAGAAAUGUCACACUGGAGAGAAACCUUAUAAGUGCAAUGAAUGUGAGAGAGCCUUUUUUGAUAGCUCCACUCUUAUUGUACAUCAGAGGACUCAUACUGGAGAAAAACCCUAUAAAUGUGAUGAGUGUGGCAAAGCCUUCAGCCACAGCUCAUCCCUUGGUCAACACCAGAGAAUUCACAGUAGAGAAAAAUCUUAUCACUGUAGUGAGUGUGGGAAGGCCUUUACUCGAUUUUCUGGACUCAAUAUACAUCAAAGAAUUCAUACUGGAGAGAAACCAUACAAAUGUGAGGAAUGUGGCAAAGCCUUCACCAAUGGCUCUUCUCUUAAUCAGCAUAAGAAAAUUCAUACAGGACAGAAUUCCUAUAAAUGUAAUGAAUGUGGAAAGGCCUUUAGACAAAGUUCACGCCUUAUCCAACACCAGAGAGUUCACAGUGGAGAGAAACCCUAUACAUGUACCAAAUGUGGGAAAGCCUUCACCAGUGGUUCAUCUCUUGCAAGACAUCAGAGAAUUCAUAUAGGAGAGAACCCUUGAGAAUGCAUGAAGUGGUCUGAAAUUGAGGGGCUGAUUCGAAUGAGAUCCUGGCUCACUGGUGCCCAUCCUCCAUACGUGGCCCCUUCCGGCCUGAGGAAGAACAAGCACCUUCACUGUCUCCAGUUACUGACGGCUCUUCCUGGGGCACUGGGCAGGUGGCAGAGAGGAUGCCAGGGAGCUGCAGAGGACGAGCAGAACCAGGGCACUGACAUCACACGGCCUUUGAGAGCCAAGAAUCUGAUCUGUUACAAGGGCUCCCUCACCCUUCCAGCUUCCCAGGCUCAUGACCCCAGCAGCUCCACAGGCUCCCUGACAUGCACACCUCUCCUGUGGCUCCUUCCUCUCUACACCUCCUUAGAACCCGAGGUGCCUCUCUGCAAGUCUCUUCUCAGACAGUUCAAGUCCAGUCUGCAGGCCUUUGCCCUGCACUCUGUCCCACCCCCAGCUCCCAGCUCUCCUGAGACCCAGCUCCAGGCCCACCUUCUGCAUGAAGUUUCUCCUGAGCCUGCAGGGCCUGCCCUCACCACCCCCUGGCCACCUCCUAUGGAUCCUUUUCCUAUUGCACAGGAAUUGCUCCAUUCUUGGUACUUGUAUUAUCUCCUGGUGCCCAACAGCCAUCUGGCACAGUCAGGGCUUCCACUGAUGCCUUCUGCUGAGAGCCAGCUCCAAGGAGCCUGUGGUCAGAUGCUCUGGGGUCUGGCCACAGGAGGGCAAAGGGGUAGGUGGCUGGCCAGAUGGCAGGAGAGGGCGGAGGCCAACUGCCCCAGGGCUCCAUCUUCCUCUCAUCAUCCACCUGGCCCAGGCUGCCUGGACUCUCUGAAGGAAAGAGGCUGCCCUACAUCACUCCAGGUUCCACCAUGUCACCCCCUAUUCAAUCCACUCCAGUGGCUCCCUAUGGCGACUGUCCCUGAGAGGCCCCUGGGCCUUCCUCCUGAGCCAAGGCCUUUUCUGGGUGGAGGGCGGUGCCCAUCCCAGCCCAGGGCCAGGCUCCCCCACCUUGGCUCCCGGGGGCAGCUCUGGCCCGAGGGUCACUGGGAGACCAGAGCCCCCAUCAUCCCCUCCAGGCACCGCCCACGGCUCGGGCACCCCAGCUCAUUCGCCAAAGGCCUUUAUUAUGCGCCUACUGUAUGCUGGGGGGAGGGGGCCCUGGAGCGCCCUCUGCGCAGCAGUCCAGACCCUGGCCAGGGGCGGCUGGGAGGGGAGGGGGGCUCACUCCGCAGCCUGCCUCAGUUUCCUCCCCUGUACCGUGGAGAUGAUGAGGCCAAACCAAAGAGCCUGCUUAGCACCCCGCCCCACCCUUCCACUCCCGGGAGCCGACACCUGGCCCCUGGGGAGGCAGCUUCUCUAGGAUCUCUAAGCGCGCUCCACGUCAAAAGGCAAAGCCCCGCGGUAAGGGCUGGAGGCCCCGCCCCCACGCAUGCCCCGCCCCGCCCCGCUGUUACCAUGGAAACCGCGAACCUCAUUGGCGCGGCCCGCCCGGUAGCCAAAGAGACGCAGGGCCCUCCUCCUCCUCCUCCUCCCGCCUUCACUCCGGGCCCUGGAGGACCCCUGACCCCUCCCCCACCCCGCCUCAGUCCCCCGUCCGAGCGCGGCCCGGGGUCCGGACUCAACGCCCCCUUCUCCCCCCACCCCUCCCACCGACGCGAGCGCGCGGAGGCGGGCAAAGUAGGACCCGCAAGACGAGGACGCGCCUGCGCACAAGAGAGGCGGCGGACAACCCGUCUGGGUAGUUGCCGCAAGCCCCGUUGGCUGCGCCUGCGCCCAGGCGGCCUUUGGGGCGGCAGCCGCUCGUCGGGACUCAGUUUCCCAGCGGCCCUAGCGGCAGGGGCUCGGCUCCCGCGGACUCUGAAGGAGUCGAGGCUGGGUCAGGGCCGAGGCCUGAGAAGCGAUUCCAGUCCGCCCAAGACCCACCUGCCGCCCCUCUCGGACUGGGAGCACGGACCGCAGCGCCCUAGACUCGACUCGGAUCCCGACCCCACUUUGGGCAAGGCCCUCCCUACAGCGACCUGGGCCUCUGCGGCCGCAGUGGACCUAACGCCAUCUACGGAGGCGCUGUGGGAAUUGUAUACGGUUGCUUUCGAUACGCAGGCGUCAUUCCGGUGCAUUGUGGGACGCGUAGUCUUAGGCCCUCCGCAGAUGGACCUUGCGCAGGCGCAGUCUGGCGCGAGGUCCGAGUGCGUAUCUCGCUUUGUCUGGCUCCGCGCACGCGGGGGGGUGAGUCUGGCUCCACAGCGGCCCCUGCUGGGCGGGGGAGGAGGCUGCAGAGCCAGUGAAGCGGCAGAGGGAAGGCCCGAGCUCGAGGUGCUGGAGGCUGCAGAGGGUUCGGGUCUCAGCCCCUGGCUCAGAAGGGAGCUUAGCACCGGAGGGAUGGCCUCGGGGUGCCAGCCACCAUGUUUGGUCUGGGCAGUGUCUGCAGUCAGCACCCAGAGGGAGCUCAGCCUCCCCAUUGAGAGCAACGUCACUGAACCCCCCCCCCCCAGGAGCUGGUUCAUCCUGCUGUUUGAGGAGGUGACCCCAGAGUCAGGCUGCCUGGGCAGCUCCCCCGUGGACACUCCUCCUUGGAGCUGGGCUCCUCUUGCCUCUCCAGACCUGAGUGACUGUGCAGUCCAGCCCUCUGUCACCCCUCCCUCUGUGGCACCCCCAGUGGAGCCCGUGACCUUCCGGGACGUGGCUGUGGACUUCACCCGGGAGGAGUGGGGCCGGCUGGGCCUCUCUCAGAGGCAGCUGUACCGGGACGUGAUGCUGGAGACCUACCGGAACCUGAUCUCCCUGGGGAUUGCAGUUCCUGACCAUGACACUCUCUGCCAUUUGGAACAAGUGGACAUGCUGAGGGUUGUGGAGGGAGCUGAUGGGAAGACUGGGCCAGAGGCUUUAAGCCCAAAGCAGGACACUGCCUUAUUCCAGCCAGCACAGAUGGAAAGACCCUCAAUGGACACGACGUUGAGAGAAGCCUGGAGCUGCACGGGCGGGUUUGAGAGCAAACCAGGGAGCCAGGACAGACAGAUGGUAGGAGAGAACCUCUCCAAGAACAUGCCCCUGAAGGACAGAGAUGGUGUGAGCACCAUACUCCCUGCAAGGGAAGGCCUUCCUAAGUGGGAUGCCCCUGGAAAAAGCCUCCCCCGGAACAAAGUGAGGAAAGCCUUCACUUACCGCUCAGGCCUUAUUGGCUGUCAGAGCAGGACAAUCUCAGAACAGAAAUCUUAUCUAUGGAAUAAUGAAUUUGGGAAACCGUUGGGGGACCGCACAAGCCAUAUUCCACAUGAGAGAACUCAUGCUGAAGAGAAAAUCUAUCCAUGCAGUGUAUGUGGGAAAGUUUUCCAGCAAAACUCACACUUGGUUCAACACCAGAGAGUUCACAUUAGAGAAAACCCAAGGGAAAACAGAAAAUCUCUAAGUCACCACUUGGCCUAUGUUCAGUACCAUGUGAGUCCUUCUGAGGAGAAACCCUACGAAUGCAGUGAGUGUGGAAAGACUUUCAGCCGGAGCAUAUACCUUACUGAACACCAGAGAAUCCACACUGGAGAGAAACCCUACCAAUGCAAUCAGUGUGGCAAAGCCUUCAGCCAGAGCGCACCCCUUGCCAAGCACCAGAGAAUCCACACUGGAGAGAAGCCCUAUGAGUGUGAAGAAUGUAGGAGAGGGUUCAGUUGCCGUUCUACCCUUGUUCAACACCAGAGAAUUCACACUGGGGAGAAACCUUAUGUAUGCAAUGAAUGUGGAAAAGCUUUCAGCCAAAGGACACACCUUAUUCAACACAGAAGAAUCCACACAGGAGAGAAGCCCUAUGAGUGUGUUGAAUGUGGAAAAACAUUCACUGAAAGCUCAGCCCUUAUUCAACACCAGAGAAUUCAUACUGGGGAGAAACCCUAUGAGUGCAGGGAAUGUGGGAAGGCAUUUAGAAGGAGAACUCACUUCACUCAACACCAGAGAAUUCACACUGGAGAGAAAAUCUAUGAGUGUAAUGAAUGUGGAAAAGCCUUCAACCAGAUUGCACAGCUCACUCGACACCAGAGAAUCCACACUGGAGAGAAACCUUAUGAAUGCAGUGAUUGUGGGAAAGCCUUUAGCCAGAGUUCUUCCCUUACCAAACACCAGAGAAUUCAUACGGGAGAGAAACCCUAUGAAUGUCAUGCAUGUGGGAAAGCCUUCAGUGACUCCUCAGUCCUGAUUGUGCAUCAGAGAAUCCAUACUGGAGAGAAACCCUAUAAAUGUCAUGAAUGUGGGAAGGCCUUCACUCAGAGCAUAUACCUGAACAAACACCAGAUAAUUCACUCUGGAGAGAAGCCCUAUGCAUGCAGUGAUUGUGGGAAAACUUUCAGCCAGAGCAAAUACCUUUCUCAACAUCAGAGAAUUCACACUGGAGAAAAACCGUACGAAUGUAACGAGUGUGGGAAAGCUUUUAGUUACUGCUCGGCUCUCAGUCGACAUCAAAGAAUUCACGCUGGAAGUAAACCCUAUUGGUGUGAUGAGUGUGGGAAAGGCUUCCAGGGCUCGUCAGCACUCCUCAGGCAUCGGGGCCUUCACGCUGCUGCCCAAGUCUGAACUGGUG